AUGGAUCCAACACAUUUUUGGGGGACAGCAGUGUGCCUCGGCGAAAUCAACGAUGCGCGCGAAGCCGCUGGGCUCGCACACUUCGGAGCGGCCAGUGAUGGAGAAUUUGCGUGGCCUACAACUAACGCCGAUGACAACGAACAGACGAGCGAAGCCUGGGAUCCUGUCUGCGACGCUCUGAUAGCAAAAGACUCAGGAGAAGAAGCAAAAAAGGGCGCAGGCACAAGUGAAUUUAAAACUGGUACAUACGCCUUCAUGGCCUUAUCAACGGACCAGGUGGACUGCGCCGCCGCUGUGGACCACUGGCAGGAUGCCCUGAACAACUUCACUUCCCUUCCUCCAUCGAAGGCUGAUGGAAAAGACCUCUACGACAAACCAGAGAACGUCUCUUUUGUUGCAAUGUACAACCCUUCAGGCAGUGCAGCUGCUGACUGUCGAGUCGUUACCUGCACAGCUCGUCAAUCCGAAUUGUCCAACUUACGGAGUAGUAAUGAAGCAAAGACAGGCUAUGCUCUACUGUGCUUGACCACUCCUGACCCAGCGCUGCUCCCUUCUCGUAAGUUUUCCGCCAACUCUUGCAGUGUAACAAUUGCACACAGCGCUGGCGAUGACCAGUGGAGUAAGAUCAAGGCAUCCCUCACAGGCUCAGCCUCAGUCGCCGCCCCGAGUCUCAUUGCCUUUGCUAUUGCUGCCCUUGGCCUUGCUGCCUUUUGA